CGGAAAAGGAAGUCGCAGCCCGUGCUCGGGCCCUCCUACUAGGCGGUGUGGCCGCUGCCAAGCCGUUGCCUAUUGCUCCAUCUCUCACCAGGGGAGGUGCAAGACUUUAAGCAGUGGGGAGGGAGCAGGGGGAUUUGUUUGAAGCAUGUAUCUGUUAUCUGUCGCAUUUGCGUGUUGUUUUCUAGCUAAAUUUGAGUGACUAGUAUAAUCGAUGGGAAAAAUGAUUACUUUUUGCACUUUCUUUCCCUUUUCUGUUUUUAGUUAUUCGUUUUACAGUACAAUAAAAUUGACGGUGGAAAAUCAAACCAAGAUGAUAUCUUUUUGCAAAGAGUUUGAAUUUUUGACAUGUUUGACCUGAUCCAACGGAGCUCAUAAUGAUUAAUUUCAAGAACUAAGAUCAAUAGGAAUUUUCUAGCCCCCUGCCGCCAAAACAAAAAAAAUGAAUAGAAGUAACGACUGUUGUUGAAGAAAAUAUCGUAAGUACUGUUUUUUGAAGUGCCGGACAUUGUUUGCUAGUUCAGGUUGCACACCGGAGUGUCCAUAAAGUAGAGUGUGAAAGGUUAGAACAGCAAAUGAAGCGUGCUGAUAUUUUGAAUGAUUUUCCUUUCAGUUUUACUCGAGAAGCAACUGUUCAGCAGGUACGCGAAAGAUGUGAAACUCGAUGCUCUUUCUUGAUGAAACGUGGAGUUCAUUGUUCGGGAAUGUGGAUGUAUGAAUGUAGAUGCGGGGCGUUAACUAAUUCUCAAUGUUCCACAAGACCAAUUGAAGGUUGGAGUCUUUCAGGCUCAUUAUGUCCUUGUAAAGGGCCGCCAUCCCCUAUACCGAAACAAAUUACUUGUUGGAAGGACUACUAUGAAUGGAGGUGCCUCCCGCUUUAUUCUCCUGUUCCUUUGCUUCUUCAUUGGCCGCUGACAUUAUAUUGGGCUAAUCAUGUUGUAAUGUCAAGAAGCUUGGAUGAUAGAGUUGGCGAGAAGUUUUGUAUACAUUACCUAGGGCCAGAGAAAGAGCUACAUCAACUUGGGGCCUUUGGUGAACUAAUUGCUCUUUUCCCUGGAGCAGGAGUGCGUAUAGACUUUGUUGGGCCUGCAAUUCCACAAGAAAGGGAUGGUGAGAGAAUUGACAUCUGCAGUUAUGCUCAAUGCACAGAUAGAGACUGUGAAUGCAAAUCAGAUAUCCACUUUGUUAAGCCAUUGUCGGAUAGAUCUUGUUCAGUCACGUUACAGCUUCAUGCUGGUUGUUACCAUGACGUUUACACAGAAUUGAUGAAGGAUUCUUUUCCUGAUUUGAUUAUAGCGCCAAAUGCUGGUAUCGCUGCUUACAAGAGCUGGUUGCCAACUAUUGAACUGAUAAAGGAGAUCAAAGUCCCAGCAGUUUUCUCUGAUUUCUGUGAAGAAGCUUCACUUUUGGCAACUCGUUGCAUCAGCAGCAUAACUGGCUCACCUCCCAGCAUUCCUAUCCAGUUAAAUCCCUUCAGGCAACCUCUUGCAAUUGAAGACAGUGCUCUAUUACUUCCAUGCUAUUCAAAUUGCUUUCUUUUUGGUAUAUGAGAUGUUCUAAGAUAAAACCAUUUUGAGUGCCACUUGAAUUAUUGUUCAAGAGAAAUGAAUUUGUACCAUGUUCUUCAAAGAAAUCUACUGGUCCUUAAGUCAC